AUUCUCCUGGGUCUUGCACUCCGUAGCGCUGCUUGCGCGGGCGAUCACUUGCAUGCUCGCGACGGCCAUGCUCAUCAACAUGUAGAAAGGUGUGAGUACGGGCCGCAGGUGCCACUCACACCUCCAUACCAUUUUCUUGUCUGGGGAGACUUGAACGUAAUCCACACCACUGAUACCCAUGGUUGGCUACUCGGGCACCAGAAGUCGUCCUGGGCUGAACCAUACUACAGUGGGGAUCUCGGAGACUUUGCUAGCUUUGUGACUCACAUGAAGCAAAUCGCCCUCCAUAAGGAUGUUGACCUUCUUUUGAUAGACUCAGGUGAUCUACAUGACGGGACCAGUCUUUCUGAUGGAUAUCCUCCCGGUGAUGUCGAUGCACACGAGUCAAACAAGUUCGUUGAGCGCCUCCCCUACGAUCUCAUGACCAUCGGAAAUCACGAGUUGUCAUCGGGGACGAGAAGCAAGAGCGACUCGGAAUUGGAACUUGCACCCUAA